AUGAAUUCCCUGAACAUCAUCACCUCUCGCGUCUCUCCGCCACCGAGCCCGGUUGCUUCGCGAUCCAACUCCAUCAGCUCCCUGGGCUUGGCUGUACAAUCUGACGAUCAGCGCGGUGACGAAGGCGCCGAGAAACACGACGACGACCAAGACGACGAGACGUUUCCACUCGAGAAAUCCGCUUUUCAGCAGCGCAAUGACGGCCACGGCAUGGAUCUCGCCAGCGAAGCGACACCGCUGAUAGGGGAAUCGAAAGAUUCGGGCCCGAGGUCAACUACAUGGCAUUCCCUGCCUCGGCGCAUUGCUGCGAGCUUCAUCAAUUCGCUUCGCUGGGUCUUGUCUACUUUGGCCGCCCCUGGUGUAUAUCUGAUCGCAUGCAUGUACGACGAAACGGACAACUUCUCGCCCUUCUUUCCCCUCAAAAGACUGUUUGGAUUCCACGGCGGAAACAAGAAACUUGCGACAGACUACCCUGAGUCCAUGGGCGAGAAGUCAGGCCGUCAUGGGAGCGCUGGAUACGGAGGCGUCACUUACUCGAGGCCAAUAGGGUCCUCGGGUUCUUCUUCUUCAGGCAUAUCCUCGGAAUCGGAAUCGGACGCAGAUCGUCAACGUCAAGGUUCUUCUAGUCGACACUCCCGGUCAAAGUCUGCAUCUGAAGAGAUUGCGCCUGCUCGGAGAUCCAUACGCAUAAAGCUACACAGCGACGAUGCUCUGCCUCAGCGUAAGCACAGGAAAACGCAGUCUGCAGCCGUCCGCUCCAAGGGUAACAGCGAAUCUGGUUCCUCCGACAUAUCCGCACAGCUCAAGUCGCCAACGUCGCCCGCAGGCGCGCUGACCAGGUAUCCCAAGACGCCGGCCCCGCCUCGCCCCUUGAUCCCUCGCCGACAGCCCUCAUACCUCAACCUUGAGCCUUCGACCGAUCCCAAAUACCAGAAGACUCUCAUUUUGGACCUCGACGAAACUCUGAUCCACAGCAUGUCCAAGGGGGGACGCAUGAGCACUGGGCACAUGGUCGAAGUCAGACUGAACCAGACUUACGUAGGCGCUGGAGGACAGACGUCAAUUGGACCGCAGCAUCCGAUUCUCUACUGGGUCAACAAGCGUCCACACUGCGACGACUUCUUGCGUCGGGUUUGCAAGUGGUACAACCUAGUAGUAUUUACAGCCUCAGUUCAAGAAUACGCGGAUCCAGUCAUCGAUUGGUUGGAAGCAGAGAGGAAGUUUUUCUCGGCGCGAUACUACAGACAACACUGUACAUUCCGGCAAGGAGCCUUCAUCAAAGACCUCAGUUCGGUUGAACCGGACCUGAGCAAGGUCAUGAUCUUGGACAAUAGUCCGUUGAGUUAUAUGUUUCAUCAAGACAAUGCGAUUCCUAUCCAAGGUUGGAUCAACGACCCGACGGACAACGACCUCCUGCACCUGGUGCCACUGCUCGAAGGUUUGCAGUACGUUUCAGACGUGAGGGCGCUGCUUGCGCUGCGUGGAGGUGAGGACGGUCAGCAUAUGGCGUAG